AUGAUUUUCACAAACAAUAUCGCGUUUCAAAACAUUAUUUUUGCAAAAAAAGUUAAAAUGUUGUUAAUAUUCUAUGGAUUAAUUAUGUUUUCUAUGGCUCAAGUAAACAAGGAAGAAUGCGAUUAUUAUCAAAACCUAAAUCUUGGCGAAACAUAUUACAUUUACAAUCCUAGAUAUCCAUUACCAUACUCUGGAUCAAAAUGUACAUGGACUAUCACGAGUUAUCAUCGAAUUAAUUUAAAGUGUUCCCUAGUUGAAUUUUCAGAAACUAAAAACUGCGACGGAGGCAGUUUAACUGUUAAAAGAAAUUUCGCUACCAAAUAUUGUGGUAAUAUAACCUUGAAUAUAGAAUCCACAUCAAACAAAAUGAUUGUAAUAUUAUCACCACCAGGUAGAUUUUUCUGUGAAGUACAACCAAUGAAAAGAGUAAAAGAUUCUACAAAUUGUAAUUGUGGAUGGAAGAAUCCUUCUAGAAUCGUUGGUGGAACUAAUACAGAAAUAAAUGAAUUUCCUAUGAUGGCUGGUAUUAAACGCACUUAUGAACCUGGCAUGAUUUGCGGAGCUACUAUAAUAUCCAAAAGAUAUGUAUUAACAGCAGCACAUUGCAUCAUAGAUGAGAAUUCUACAGAAUUAGCUAUCGUAGUUGGCGAACAUGAUUGGAGUAGUAGAACAGAAACAAACGCCACAGUAUUGCAUAGCAUUAAUAAAGUUAUUAUACAUCCAAAGUAUGACAUUAUAGAAAAGAGUGAUUGGCAAAUAAACGACGUAGCACUUUUGAAAACAGAAAAAGAUAUUAAAUUUAGCGACAAGGUUGGACCUGCUUGUCUACCUUUUCAACAUUUCUUAGAUUCUUUUGCUGGUUCUGAUGUUACUGUAUUGGGUUGGGGUCAUACGAGUUUUAAGGGUAAGCUUUCUCGUAUUUUGCAAAAGACUACAUUAAGUAUGCUUACACAAAUAGAAUGUUAUAAAUAUUAUGGCAAUAUAAUGAUUAAUGCGAUGUGUGCUUACGCAAAAGGCAAAGAUGCGUGUCAGAUGGAUAGUGGUGGACCAGUUCUAUGGCAAAAUCCUCGAACUAAACGACUCGUAAACAUAGGAAUUAUCAGUUGGGGUGCAGAGUGUGGUAAAUAUCCUGCUGGUAAUACGAAAGUUGGUUCUUAUAUAAAUUGGAUCGUUUCACAAACUCCAGAUGCUGAAUACUGUGUCACCGAAUAAAAUGUGUAAUGUAUCAAUUUAAAUCAUUAUUUAUAGUAAAUAUUUUCUAAUUUCGUUAAUGAUGUAUUGCAUUUCUU